AUGAAGAUAAAAAUAGACAAAAGACUUUUGCCAAUCAAGGCUCAUUUUUUCUUUUUUUUCGCAGCUCUGGGCCCAAUCUUACCUCAGCUCAAUGUGUUCGGAAGGCAACUGGGCGUGUCACCCGGCGCCAUGGGGAUGGUGACGGCGGUUCUGCCCCUCCUGUGGGCAGCGGCUAAGCCCGUCUUCGGCUACGUGGUGGACUUCUGGCCGGCACACAGAAAGCUGGUCUUCAUGUUUCUAAUAUUAAUAAUGUCUGGGUCAUAUUGUUGUCUAUGGUUCCUACCUAUGCCCGACCCGCAAGAACCCAACGACAAACUAGUCGAAACCAUCCAUAGACUAAACGAUACAGUAUAUUUGAAACAAUACACCAAUGUCACCAUGCUAGAGAAAUACAAAUGUCAUUGGAAUUGCUCUAUGGUUGACAACUUUGACGUUUACCUGUCAAACGCGUCAUAUAUUAGCACGGUGUAUAUUGAUAAUCAAGUGUCAAAUACAUCGUGCUCUGUAUUGGCUAUGGAUUUCAAUGAUUUCGUGGCUGGAAAUGUCAUAUGCGCUCCGAAGGAUGGUUGCAAUUUAAUGUGCUUCGAGAAUGACUAUGAUAAUAUAUCAAAAAGGAGUGUGGAGGUUUCGAACGAUGUGGCCAAUUUGAAUAAGACCAAUGCUUCGAGUUUAGAAAGUACAGUCGAAACGAGAGACAGUUUUUAUAUGACAGCGACAUUUUGGGCGUUUGUGGUGUUGAUGUGUGUUGGUACAGUCGCGUUCAAUGUUGCCAACUGCAUCAGUGAUGCUAUUUGUUUUGAUGUGCUCGGAGCCGACCAGGGUUCGAAAUAUGGUGUCCAAAGAGCUUGGGGUACAGCGGGGUACGGCAUCACCGCUUUACUUGGAGGGUGGCUGAUCGACUUGUUGUCGCCUUCCGAUGGGUACAAGGACUUCACGCCAGCAUUCGUGUUGGUGAUAGUAGCCACGGCGGUCGAUUUGUAUAGCUGUAGACAGCUUAAUCUACCCUCAUUGUCGAGUCCAGAUGACUCGGGGAAGGCCCUCAGAGAGGUACUCCGCAUCCCAAAGGUGAUGUUGUUCAUCACGUUUGCCAUCGUCGCUGGCACCUUCGACAGUUUUAUCAUUUAUUAUUUGUUUUGGUUUUUAGAAGAGUUGGCUGAACAAACCGGUCAUACGGCCAAGAUCAAACUUAUAGAGGGCGUUGUCAUCGCUGCGCAGUGUUUUAUCGGUGAAAUAUUAUGUUUCUUCCUCUCAGGGAAGAUCCUGGACCGUUGGGGGUACGGCAACACGCUGAGCUUCUCCCUCUUGUGUUACGGCCUCAGGAUGGCACUCAUCUCACUCAUACAGAACCCCUGGCAUUUAGUUUUUAUUGAGGGCGUGAUGCAGGGCCCGACGUACGCGCUGUGCUACUCCACCAUCGUGGGCUACGCGGCGCGGGUGGCGCCCGACGGGUACUCCGCCACCGUCCAGGGCAUCGUGGCCGGCAUGGACGACGGCGUCGGUUUUGCGGUAGGUUCAUUAGUUGGCGGGCAGCUGUACGCGUGGCUGGGAGGUCGGGGUGCGUUCCAGGUGUUUGCCGUCAUCGCCGUCUGCGGUUCUAUAGCGCACGUAUUUUUGUUCAAACUAGUCACGAAAUCAGAUCUAAAAGCUGAACAACGUAAGAAACAGGCUACUGAAGAAGGUGAGAAAAUGCUUCAGUAUGAAGGUGACGCCAUCUAUCGAGACACGGUGGUACCUCUCACUGACGACAACGGUUUGAAAGUUGACAGAUAA